UGGCGGCGCGCUGCUCCUGCGGCAGCGCCGGCAGAGCUCACCAGUACCUGGAGCUGCUGGCGUGGACUGGCAGAUAUGGCGAGCUCCGGCUGGGAGGACCACGCGGGCCAGGAGGGGGAGACGUUCCUGUAUUUCGCCUACGGCAGCAACCUACUGACCGAGAGGAUCCACCUGCGAAACCCCUCCGCCGUGUUCUGCUGCGUGGCGCGCCUGCAGGACUUUAAGCUCGACUUUGGCAAUUUCCAAGGCAAAACAAGUGAGAGGUGGCAUGGAGGUAUAGCUACCAUUUUUCAAAGUCCUGGCGACGAAGUGUGGGGAGUAGUGUGGAAAAUGAACAAAAGCAAUUUGAGUUCCCUGGAUGAGUUAUCUGCAUGGGUGCAAAAGAAAACGGUUUGCCACUGGAGUAUCAAGAGAAGUUAAAAGCGAUAGAACCAAACGACUAUAAAGGGAAGAUCUCAGACGAAAUGGAAGAAAUUAUCAAAAAGGGGGAGUCAAAGCUGUAUGGAACAUAACAGAACCCGAGGGUAUUUCUGUGUGCUGGGAUGGAAUGUUUUUAGUGUUUGCAAGCAGGAACCUGGGACCUCCUGUUUGUGAUCUAUUGGUUUUCAACAGUUCUGUGAAGGGACUUCUCACUUUGGCAGUUCCGUAUUUUCAACUGUACAAAAGAUUUGGAAUGGGGAUACGAAUUUGGCAAUUAAAGGGGGCCAGGAGGUCCUGGAGUGUGAAGUGGUGACGGCUGUGUGUUCUCCCGCGGACAUAUUUCGAUCCCGAGUCACAUGGAAGCAUCUCAGUGCGCUCUUGCACAGGGUAGGUUUGCAGCCCGGUGGCACGUUGCGGCACUUGCUCCGGUUUCUGCUUGUUUUGAUCAGCUUGUAAGAGUAAGCAAACUGUGGAGAGUU